ACAAGACCCCAAGCCCCAAGGUAUAAAAGGUUUCGAAAUUUAAAUUUGGCCAACAGAUCUAAUUGAUCCGACUCCCGGUUUUUUGGAGGAUCAUGCGCUUGUUUCUCGUCGCGCUUUUUGCCGCUUAUCUAGCCCUCGCAGCGGCCCAAUCCGAAACUAAAUCAGUUACUGCGGUGGCCACCAAGGAUAUUAAGGCUCAGCCAUGUUGUGAAAGUGUUCGACAAACUCUAAUUGAAAUUCGAAAGGAUAUACGCCUAUGGCUGCUUGACAGACUUUUCGGAAAGUUGCUUCUUUUGCACGACGGAGAACUGCUCGGAAAUCCAAAUUAUGUGAAUUGUGCCAACGGAAAAAAACAACUAGCACUCUCCGAUGAGAGUUCUAAAACAACAACACAAGGAUCAAAUCAAGACUCUGCUUUCAAUGGAAGCUCUUCUAAGACUUUGUCCACAACCACCACUACAACCACCUCGUCUGAUCCAGUCGAAGAAGCUACUAAAGGAACCUCUUCGAAUGCUGCUGGAAACUCCAGCCAGUCCUCCUCCACGUCAACCACAACUACAACGACAUCCUCUGAUGACGGCCAAUCCAGCAGCUCAUCUGUCCCAGUCGUAGAAAUCACUCAGGGAUCGAAUGGUGAUGGAAACUCAACUAAGACCUCGUCCACAACCACCACUACAACCACCUCGUCUGAUCCAGUCGUAGAAGCUACUGAAGGAACUUCCUCGAAUGCUGAUGGAAACUCCAGCCAGUCCUCCUCCACGACAACCACAACUACAACGACAUCCUCUGAUGACGGCCAAUCCAACAGCUCUACCCCAGUCGUAGAAGUCACUCAGGGAUCGAAUGGUGAUGGGAACUCAACUAAGACCUCGUCCACAACCACCACUACCACCACCUCGUCUGAUCCAGUCGUAGAAGCUACUGAAGGAACUUCCUCGAAUGCUGAUGCAAACUCCAGCCAGUCCUCCUCCACGACAACCACAACUACAACGACAUCCUCUGAUGACGGCCAAUCCACCAGCUCAUCUGUCCCAGUCGUAGAAGUCACUCAGGGAUCGAAUGGUGAUGGAAACUCUACUCAGACUUCGUCCACGACCACCACUACAACCACCUCGUCUGAUCCGGUCGUAGAAGCUACUGAAGGAACCUCUUCGAAUGCUGCUGGAAACUCCAGCCAGUCCUCCUCCACAACAACCACAACUACAACGACAUCCUCUGAUGACGGCCAAUCCACCAGCUCAUCCGUCCCUGUCGUAGAAGUCACUCAGGGAUCGAAUGGUGAUGGAAACUCUACUCAGACUUCGUCCACACCCACCACUACAACCACCUCGUCUGAUCCAGUCGUAGAAGCUACUGAAGGAACCUCUUCGAAUGCUGCCGGAAACUCCAGCCAGUCCUCCACAACAACCACAACUACAACGACAUCUUUUGAUGACGGCCAAUCCACCAGCUCAUCUGUCCCAGUCGUAGAAGUCACUCAGGGAUCGAAUGGUGAUGGAAACUCUACUCAGACUUCCUCCACAACCACCACUACAACCACCUCGUCUGAUCCAGUCGUAGAAGCUACUGAAGGAACUUCCUCGAAUGCUGCUGGAACCUCCAGCCAGUCCUCCUCCACGACAACCACAACUACAACGACAUCCUCUGAUGACGGCCAAUCCACCAGCUCAUCUGUCCCAGUCGUAGAAGUCACUCAGGGAUCGAAUGGUGAUGGAAACUCUACUCAGACUUCGUCCACAACCACCACUACAACCACCUCGUCUGAUCCAGUCGUAGAAGCUACUGAAGGAACUUCCUCGAAUGCUGCUGGAACCUCCAGCCAGUCCUCCUCCACGACAACCACAACUACAACGACAUCCUCUGAUGACGGCCAAUCCACCAGCUCAUCUGUCCCAGUCGUAGAAGUCACUCAGGGAUCGAAUGGUGAUGGAAACUCUACUCAGACUUCGUCCACAACCACCACUACAACCACCUCGUCUGAUCCAGUCGUAGAAGCUACUGAAGGAACCUCUUCGAAUGCUGCCGGAAACUCCAGCCAGUCCUCCACAACAACCACAACUACAACGACAUCCUCUGAUGACGGCCAAUCCACCAGCUCAUCUGUCCCAGUCGUAGAAGUCACUCAGGGAUCGAAUGGUGAUGGAAACUCUACUCAGACUUCCUCCACAACCACCACUACCACCACCUCGUCUGAUCCAGUCGUAGAAGCUACUGAAGGAACUUCCUCGAAUGCUGAUGGAAGCUCCAGCCAGUCCUCCUCCACGACAACCACAACUACAACGACAUCCUCUGAUGACGGCCAAUCCACCAGCUCAUCCGUCCCUGUCGUAGAAGUCACUCAGGGAUCGAAUGGUGAUGGAAACUCUACUCAGACUUCGUCCACAACCACCACUACAACCACCUCGUCUGAUCCAGUCGUAGAAGCUACUGAAGGAACCUCUUCGAAUGCUGCCGGAAACUCCAGCCAGUCCUCCACAACAACCACAACUACAACGACAUCUUUUGAUGACGGCCAAUCCACCAGCUCAUCUGUCCCAGUCGUAGAAGUCACUCAGGGAUCGAAUGGUGAUGGAAACUCUACUCAGACUUCCUCCACAACCACCACUACAACCACCUCGUCUGAUCCAGUCGUAGAAGCUACUGAAGGAACUUCCUCGAAUGCUGCUGGAACCUCCAGCCAGUCCUCCUCCACGACAACCACAACUACAACGACAUCCUCUGAUGACGGCCAAUCCACCAGCUCAUCUGUCCCAGUCGUAGAAGUCACUCAGGGAUCGAAUGGUGAUGGAAACUCUACUCAGACUUCGUCCACAACCACCACUACAACCACCUCGUCUGAUCCAGUCGUAGAAGCUACUGAAGGAACUUCCUCGAAUGCUGCUGGAACCUCCAGCCAGUCCUCCUCCACGACAACCACAACUACAACGACAUCCUCUGAUGACGGCCAAUCCACCAGCUCAUCUGUCCCAGUCGUAGAAGUCACUCAGGGAUCGAAUGGUGAUGGAAACUCUACUCAGACUUCGUCCACAACCACCACUACAACCACCUCGUCUGAUCCAGUCGUAGAAGCUACUGAAGGAACCUCUUCGAAUGCUGCCGGAAACUCCAGCCAGUCCUCCACAACAACCACAACUACAACGACAUCCUCUGAUGACGGCCAAUACACCAGCUCAUCUGUCCCAGUCGUAGAAGUCACUCAGGGAUCGAAUGGUGAUGGAAACUCUACUCAGACUUCCUCCACAACCACCACUACCACCACCUCGUCUGAUCCAGUCGUAGAAGCUACUGAAGGAACUUCCUCGAAUGCUGAUGGAAGCUCCAGCCAGUCCUCCUCCACGACAACCACAACUACAACGACAUUCUCUGAUGACGGCCAAUCCACCAGCUCAUCUGUCCCAGUCGUAGAAGUCACUCAGGGAUCGAAUGGUGAUAGAAACUCUACUCAGACUUCGUCCACAACCCCCACUACAACCACCUCGUCUGAUCCUGUCGUAGAAGCUACUGAAGGAACCUCUUCGAAUGCUGCUGGAAACUCCAGCCAGUCCUCCUCCACAACAACCACAACUACAACGACAUCCUCUGAUGACGGCAAAUCCACCAGCUCAUCUGUCCCAGUCGUAGAAGUCACUCAGGGAUCGAAUGGUGAUGGAAACUCUACUCAGACUUCGUCCACAACCACCACUACAACCACCUCGUCUGAUCCAGUCGUAGAAGCUACUGAAGGAACCUCUUCGAAUGCUGCUGGAAACUCCAGCCAGUCCUCCUCCAUAACAACCACAACUACAACGACAUCCUCUGAUGACGGCCAAUCCAGCAGCUCAUCUGUCCCAGUCGUAGAAGCUACUGAAGGAACCUCUUCGAAUGCUGCCGGAAACUCCAGCCAGUCCUCCACAACAACCACAGCUACAACGACAUCCUCUGAUGACGGCCAAUCCACCAGCUCAUCUGUCCCAGUCGUAGAAGUCACUCAGGGAUCGAAUGGUGAUGGAAACUCUACUCAGACUUCCUCCACAACCACCACUACCACCACCUCGUCUGAUCCAGUCGUAGAAGCUACCGAAGGAACUUCCUCGAAUGCUGAUGGAAACUCCAGCCAGUCCUCCUCCACGACAACCACAACUACAACGACAUCCUCUGAUGACGGCCAAUCCAACAGCUCUACCCCAGUCGUAGAAGUCACUCAGGGAUCGAAUGGUGAUGGAAACUCUACUCAGACUUCGUCCACAACCACCACUACAACCACCUCGUCUGAUCCAGUCGUAGAAGUUACUGAAGGAACUUCCUCGAAUGCUGAUGCAAACUCCAGCCAGUCCUCCUCCACAACAACCACAACUACAACGACAUCCUUUGAUGACGGCCAAUCCACCAGCUCAUCUGUCCCAGUCGUAGAAGUCACUCAGGGAUCGAAUGGUGAUGGAAACUCUACUCAGACUUCGUCCACAACCACCACUACAACCACCUCGUCUGAUCCAGUCGUAGAAGCUACUGAAGGAACCUCUUCGAAUGCUGCUGGAAACUCCAGCCAGUCCUCCUCCACAACAACCACAACUACAACGACAUCCUCUGAUGACGGCCAAUCCACCAGCUCAUCUGUCCCAGUCGUAGAAGUCACUCAGGGAUCGAAUGGUGAUGGAAACUCUACUCAGACUUCGUCCACAACCAGCACUACAACCACCUCGUCUGAUCCAGUCGUAGAAGCUACUGAAGGAACCUCUUCGAAUGCUGCCGGAAACUCCAGCCAGUCCUCCACAACAACCACAACUACAACGACAUCUUCUGAUGACGGCCAAUCCACCAGCUCAUCUGUCCCAGUCGUAGAAGUCACUCAGGGAUCGAAUGGUGAUGAAAACUCUACUCAGACUUCGUCCACAACCACCACUACAACCACCUCGUCUGAUCCAGUUGUAGAAGCUACUGAAGGAACCUCUUUGAAUGCUGCUGGAAACUCCAGCCAGUCCUCCUCCACGACAACCACAACUAUAACGACAUCCUCUGAUGACGGCCAAUCCACCAGCUCAUCUGUCCCAGUCGUAGAAGUCACUCAGGGCUCGAAUGGUGAUAGAAACUCUACUCAGACCUCGUCCACAACCACCACUACAACCACCUCGUCUGAUCCAGUCGUAGAAGCUACUGAAGGAACUUCUUCGAAUGCUGCUGGAACCUCCAGCCAGUCCUCCUCCACGACAACCACAACUACAACGACAUCCUCUGAUGACGGCCAAUCCAGCAGCUCAUCUGUUCCAGUCGUAGAAGUCACUCAGGGAUCGAAUGGUGAUGGAAACUCUACUCAGACUUCGUCCACAACCACCACUACAACCACCUCGUCUGAUCCAGUUGUAGAAGCUACUGAAGGAACCUCUUUGAAUGCUGCUGGAAACUCCAGCCAGUCCUCCUCCACAACAACCACAACUACAACGACAUCCUCUGAUGACGGCCAAUCCACCAGCUCAUCUGUCCCAGUCGUAGAAGUCACUCAGGGAUCGAAUGGUGAUGAAAACUCUACUCAGACUUCGUCCACAACCACCACUACAACCACCUCGCCUGAUCCAGUUGUAGAAGCUACUGAAGGAACCUCUUCGAAUGCUGCUGGAAACUCCAGCCAGUCCUCCUCCACAACAACCACAACUACAACGACAUCCUCUGAUGACGGCCAAUCCACCAGCUCAUCUGUCCCAGUCGUAGAAGUCACUCAGGGAUCGAAUGGUGAUGAAAACUCUACUCAGACUUCGUCCACAACCACCACUUCAACCACCUCGUCUGAUCCUGUCGUAGAAGCUACUGAAGGAACUUCCUCGAAUGCUGCUGGAAACUCCAGCCAGUCCUCCUCCACAACAACCACAACUACAACGACAUCCUCUGAUGACGGCAAAUCCACCAACUCAUCUGUCCCAGUCGUAGAAGUCACUCAGGGAUCGAAUGGUGAUGGAAACUCUACUCAGACUUCGUUCACAACCACCACUACAACCACUUCGUCUGAUCCAGUCGUAGAAGCUACUGAAGGAACUUCCUCGAAUGCUAAUGCAAACUCCAGCCAGUCCUCCUCCACGACAACCACAACUACAACGUCAUCCGCUGAUGACGGCCAAUCCAGCAGCUCAUCUGUCCCAGUCGUAGAAGUCACUCAGGGAUUGAAUGGUGAUGGAAACUCUACUCAGACCUCGUCCACAAGCACCACUACAACCACCGCGUCUAAUCCAGUCGUAAAAGCUACUGAAGGAACUUCUUCGAAUGCUGCUGGAACCUCCAGCCAGUCCUCCUCCACGACAACCACAACUACAACGACAUCCUCUGAUGACGGCCAAUCCAGCAGCUCAUCUGUCCCAGUCGUAGAAGUCACUCAGGGAUCGAAUGGUGAUGGAAACUCUACUCAGACCUCGUCCACAACCACCACUACAACCACCUCGUCUGAUCCAGUCGAAGAAGCUAUUGAAGGAACUUCCUCGAAUGCUGAUGCAAACUCCAGCCAGUCCUCCGCCACGACAACCACAACAACAACGACAUCCUCUAAUGACGGCCAAUCCAGCAGCUCAUCUGUCCCAGUCGUAGAAGUCACUCAGGGAUCGAAUGGUGAUGGAAACUCUACUCAGACCUCGUCCACAACCACCACUACAACCACCUCGUCUGAUCCAGUCACCUCGUCCGCAACCACCACUACAACCACCUUGUCUGAUCCAGUCGAAGAAGCUAUUGAAGGAACUUCCUCAAAUGCUGAUGCAAACUCCAGCCAGACCUCCUCCACGACAACCACAACUACAACGACAUCCUCUGGUGACGGCCAAUCCAGCAGCUCAUCUGUCCCAGUCGUAGAAGUCACUCAGGGAUCGAAUGGUGAUGGAAACUCUACUCAGACCUCGUCCACAACCACCACUACAACCACCUCGUCUGAUCCAGUCGUAGAAGCUACUGAAGGAACCUCUUCGAAUGCUGCUGGAACCUCCAGCCAGUCCUCCUCCACGACAACCAUAACUACAACGACAUCCUCUGAUGACGGGCAAUCCAGCAGCUCAUCUGUCCCAGUCGUAGAAGUCACUCAGGGAUCGAAUGGUGAUGGAAACUCAACUAAGACCUCGUCCACAACCACCACUACCAAUACCUCGUCUUAUCCAGUCGAAGAAGCUACUGAAGGAACUUCCUCGAAUGCUGCUGGAACCUCCAGCCAGUCCUCCUCCACGACAACCACAACUACAACGACAUCCUCUGAUGACGGCCAAUCCACCAGCUCAUCUGUCCCAAUCGAAGAAGUCACUCAGGGAUCGAAUGGUGAUGGAAACUCUACUCAGACUUCGUUCACAACCACCACUACAACCACCUCGUCUGAUCCAGUCGUAGAAGCUACUAAAGGAACCUCUUCGAAUGCUGCUGGAAACUCCAGCCAGUCCUCCUCCACAACAACCACAACUACAACGACAUCCUCUGAUGUAGGCGAAUCCAGCAGCUCUAUCGGAGCGUCAGCGCCGGUUGUAAAAGUAUCUCAGGGAGCUCAGGGUAAUUCUGGUCAGUUAUCCCCCUCAAUCGGUAAAUCCACUACAUCAUCCAGUAAUGGAAGUGAUCUACCAAGUGGCUCAUCCUUAACAGUAGAUCCCUGGAAAGUUGUGAAGGGCGGUAAAUCAAGGUCUAGUUGGUCGAAAACCACAAAAUCCUAUUCGUCGAAAACAGGCAAGGUUCCCAAAGUAAAUAGUAAACCAAAGACCAGCUCUAGCGAAUCUACGACAACCAUAACGACGAGCUCAUCCUCUACGCCUCAGAUCGGAUACUCCUGGUCUAGUUCAUCCAGGAAAACUUCAAACGGUGGCAGGUCUAAGAAAUAUUGGACGAAACGGUCGACCUCAACAUCACGAAAAAAUAGUUAUUCUGCUGAUGGAGCAGAAUCGUCUGGCUCGGUAACUGAUAAUGCAGUUGAUGCCAUCCAAGGAAAUGGAUCAAUCGAUGAUGCCAAUUCUAGCCAUGAUCAGUCCAGUUCAACUUUACCUGCUGUAGAUGCCAAUGUUGUAGUUAACGGUGGCAAAUCUAGCUCAACCUUAACUAAAACCACAAAGUCUUAUUCCUCAAAGAGCUCAAAAGUUCCCAAGUCUAAUGGGCAAUCAAGUUCCAGCUUUAGUGAAACCACAACAACCACAACGACAAGCUCUUCUUCGACCCCUAAGGUGAAGCGUUCCUGGUCGAGUUCAUCAAAAAAAUCUUCCAAUGGUAAAAAAUCAAGAAAGACUUCUUCGACUACGGCAACAACGACUUCUUCAGGCGAUAGUGAAACCAGGACAUCAUCAGACCCCCUUGCAGAAAUCACACAAGGUAGUCCUUUGAACGACGAUGAAAGCUCAAAUCAGGUCACCACAACAACGAUUACCUCUGAAAGCCUAGUUGGCGCAUCGUCUUCCCCUGUUGUUAAAGUAACAAAGAAAAGUUCCGUAAGUAAAAGAGGAAAAGUCACGAGAUCUUCAACAACAACAACUACUACCACCACUAAUGGUAGUGAUCAGUCAAAUACCGUGGCUCUUCCUGUCACCGUAGUAUCUAAUGGCGGAAAAUCCACCUCAAAAUCGUCUACGACAACUACUACAACGUCCACCAAAGGAAGUAAAACCUCUCUGCCCGAACAUGGAGCCAGCAUUUCGCUUAAUGGCGGAAAGUCAAGCUCGACAUCUUCAACGACAACCACAACAAAAACAUCCACUAAGGGAAGUAAAUUGUCAGAUAUCCUACCAGAAGUUGAUGCCAGCAUAGCGGUUAAUGCCGAUAAGUCAGACUCAACAUUGACUAAAAUUGCCAAGAUCUUUCCAAAGAUUGGAGUUUCUCUGAAGGGCGGAAAGUCAAGCUCAACAUCGUCCACGAAGACUACAACAACAUCGUCUGAUAUCCUUUCACUACCGAAAGUUGACGCGAGCAUUUCGACUAAUGGCGGAAUCUCAGGAUCAAUAUUGUCUAAGACCGAAAAGAUUGGACUGUCUCUGCCUGAAAUUGAUGCAGGAAUUUCACUUAAUGGCGGAAAAUCUAGCUCAACAUCUACAACAACAACCACAACAACAUCUACUAAAGGAAGUAAAUUGUCAGAUAUCCAACCAGAAGUUGAUGCCAGCAUAGCGGUUAAUGCCGAUAAGUCAGACUCAACAUUGACUAAAAUUGCCAAGACCUUUCCAAAGAUUGGAAUUUCUCUGAAGGGCGGAAAGUCAAGCUCAACAUCGUCCACGAAGACUACAACAACAUCGUCUGAUAUCCUUUCACUACCGAAAGUUGACGCGAGCAUUUCGACUAAUGGCGGAAUCUCAGGAUCAAUAUUGUCUAAGACCGAAAAGAUUGGACUGUCUCUGCCUGAAAUUGAUGCAGGAAUUUCACUUAAUGGCGGAAAAUCUAGCUCAACAUCUACAACAACAACCACAACAACAUCUACUAAAGGAAGUAAAUUGUCAGAUAUCCAACCAGAAGUUGAUGCCAGCAUAGCGGUUAAUGCCGAUAAGUCAGACUCAACAUUGACUAAAAUUGCCAAGACCUUUCCAAAGAUUGGAAUUUCUCUGAAGGGCGGAAAGUCAAGCUCAACAUCGUCCACGAAGACUACAACAACAUCGUCUGAUAUCCUUUCACUACCGAAAGUUGACGCGAGCAUUUCGACUAAUGGCGGAAUCUCAGGAUCAAUAUUGUCUAAGACCGAAAAGAUUGGACUGUCUCUGCCUGAAAUUGAUGCAGGAAUUUCACUUAAUGGCGGAAAAUCUAGCUCAACAUCUACAACAACAACCACAACAACAUCUACUAAAGGAAGUAAAUUGUCAGAUAUCCUGCCGGAAGUUGAUGUCAGCAUAGCGGCUAAUGGCGGAAAGUCUAGCUCGACAUCCUCAACGACAACAACAUCCACUAAGGGAAGUAAAUCGUCAGAUAUCCUUUCGCUACCGGAAGUUGACGCAAGCAUAGCGAUUAAUGGUGGAGUGUCAGGCUCAACUAAGAUUAUACCAAAGAUUUCUCUUCCAAAAAUUGAUAGCGGAAUUUCGCUCAAUGGAAGAAAGUCAAGCUCAACAUCCUCAACAACAACUACUUCAACAUCGACCAAAGGAAGUAAACUGUCGGAUACUCUGCCGGAAAUUGAUGCCAGCAUAGCGUUUAAUGGUGGAAAAUCAAGCUCAGCAUCGACUAAAACCUUAAAAACGUAUAUUUCAAACAACUCAGAAGUUCCCCAGUCAAGUGGGAAGUCUAGUUCUACUUCAAGCAAAACUACAUCUACAACCAUUACGACAAAAACAUCAUCGGAACCUAAAACUGAAACUAAAUACUCCUGGUCUAGCUCGUCAAAGAAAACAUCAAAUCCCAUUCGCUUGACUGUGCCUUCCAUCAAUGCAGGCAUCUCUGUUGGCGGCGGAGACUCAACGAAUUCUUGGUCGAAGCUGAUUAAAAGAAGUACCACUGAUGGUGAGACAAACCCCAGUGAUGGUUCAUCUCUUUCCGGUUCUAUUAUAGGUGCAGUCGAAUCUCGAGGAGCACAAUCCUGGUCCCAACGCUCAGGAUUCCCCAGUGGCAGGUCUAGCGCCCAGGCAUCUCCCGAAAUUCAAUUACGGCUAUCCCGAGGCCAGACCAUUAAUGAUGAACAGUCGCAGAACUUAAAUUCCUGGAGGGCAUCUCAAGACAACGGAAUCGUGAAUAAUGGAGCCAUAUCCGUAAAUGGCCAGAAUUUGGCUGGAUUGGAGAGUUCUAGUGACGCAACUACUAUCCAAGGUGGCUCUGGGAGCGCAACCGGACAGUAUCCCUACUGGUGGGGCAAUGGACGUUGGGUGGGCGUUGGAGCCAGACCGAGCUGGCGAUAUGGAUGGCGUCCAUAUGGAAGCGGAUGGGGCGGUUGGAGCAAUCAAUAUUAAAGUUGGUCUGUGUAAAUGGAUAAGGCCAGAAUAAAGUGGCUUAUGACUUUAUAAGAUUGUAAAAUAUAUGCAUACGAAUAUU